AUGGAAACACUCAAGGCUGUCUUCUUUGGGCCAGACCCUCAGGCCCAGAUGAGGAAAUGCAAUGCUCUUAUUCGCCAAAAUACACGGCAACUUGAUCGCGACCUCAUGCAACUCAAAGCUUUAGAUGGCAAGACCCGCCAGUAUAUCAUCAAUGCCUCCCGCCGUGCACAACGCAACCCGUCGCAAGCCAAACAAGCGAUAAGCGAGACCAAGACAUUUGCGAGGGAACUCGUGCGGAUUCGGAAACAGACCACUCGUCUAUCUACGAGUCGGGCCCAGCUACAAAGUGUUGGCAUGCAGGUCAAUGAAGCAUUCCAGGUUCGGAAGAUUCAAGGCAGUCUCCAAAAGUCAACGGCGAUCAUGAAGGACGUCAACAUGCUGGUACGCAUGCCAGAACUUACGUCUACGAUGCAUCAACUCUCGACGGAGCUUGUCAAAGCCGGAAUCAUUGAGGAAUACGUGGACGACGCCUUGCCCGAUAAUUCGUUACUCGAAGAUGAACUCGACGAGGCGGAGGAGGAAGUGGACAAGAUCCUGCAAGAGAUCCUACAGGGCAAGCUCUCCCAGGCCCCUGCCAACCCUGUUACUCAGCCCAUUGACGAAACCCCCGUCGCUGCCGAGCCCGAGGAGGAGUUCGAGGACCAAGAGGCGACUCUUUCGCAGAUGCGCGACCGCCUGGAGGCUCUCAAGAGCUAG